AUGGAAGAAGUAUUUAGGAGACUCAAUGGCAUCCCUCAUGUGCCUGACCCUGACCCUGACCCUCACCCUCACCCUCACUCCAUCCUCAAUCCAAUAAAGUGUUCCGCUUCCACCACUGCCGUUCCCACCAACACCACCACCACGUCAAAAAAGCGCUUUCUCAAAGAAAAUGGUGGCCCUGGUGGGACAAUAAAGUACCGUGGGGUUCGCCGCAGGCCAUGGGGCCGUUACGCUGCUGAGAUUCGUGACCCGAAGUCCAAGGAGAGGCGGUGGCUUGGGACUUUUGACACGGCCGAGGAAGCUGCCUGUGCCUAUGACUGUGCUGCUCGAGCUAUGCGUGGAAUGAAGGCUCGAACCAAUUUUGUUUACCCUGCCACGGACCCUCACUCCCCCAACGGCCCUUUUCUUCCUCCCUUCAACUUCUCUAACCCUUCACAGCUAUCCAUCCGGGACCUUAACCACACCCGUUAUCAGUUUGGGAACUGUUCAAAUCGGCCAUUGUUUGCUAAACCUCCUCACUCUAUGGUUCACCACCUUCCAUUUAUCAAUGGAACAUCUUCGUCUUCAUUAUCUUCUACUUUCCCGAUUCCAAGCGUUUUGCCUGCCACUACUUUCUUCAAUUCCUCGCCCAGUUCUUCUCUAUGGUUAAGCGACAACAGCAGUGGUCCUUUUACCGCAUCUACUAUGACUCUUCCUCUCAAGGAUAAGAAUUCAAGUGUUACCACUGUUGUGCCUGCCCCUGCCAUCUCAACUUGUCAAGCUGAUGAUAUGGGAAUGGGAUUAUUCUUCCCACAGGGACCUUCUGAUUCUGGGUUGUUGGAGGAGAUAAUUCAAGGAUUCUUACCAAACCCCACCUCAAGGAACUCAGGCCUUGUUUGUUCUACAACCUCAAACUGCACCCAACAUUCCAUCGUUUCACCACCCACUGAAAUGUCUUUCACUGGGUUGAAUUUGAAGGAGAUUAAGAACGAGAGUUUAGGUUUUUAUAUGGACUACCAUCCGCAGUUGGAGAGUUUGAAUGGAACUGCAAAUUCUCGAGUGGUGCCAAACAGUAAUGAGAUACCACUUAGCCAUCUACAGCUGGGUCAAGACAGUAUUGAGGCGGUGGAGCAGAGCUGGUGGCGUCAGGGGAUGGUGACCGGUGCUGGUGUCAGAGGGUAA